AUGGUCGAUCUCAGUCUUUCUACGCUCUCGUCGGACUCGAUGGUAGAGAUAAAGCAGGACCCUGGACCUUCACAACGCUCGCCGCCUCCGGGCGAGGACGAGGCGAAAUACCGCCUUGUGUAUGCCAAAUCCAAGGUUUACGUCAACCCAACUGCCUACGCUCGUGACAACAUACCUGGCUUUGUCUCUAUCGUUAAACGCGAAGCAUUCACAUCGUCGUACAUCCUGUCGUGGAUCCCCGAGACCUUGUUGAAUGAGAAGGGGCCGGACGAAUGGGAGAAAUUUACUCGUACCGAGGAGAAACCGAUACUGGACGCCGAGGACGACGACGCCGUCCUGAUUGACAUGCCAACCUCUCGGCCCGAGUCCUAUGCCUUCUCUGUGCCAAUCACAUCUAUAUACUCGUUGAUUGUGCACCCGCCUUCGCUUUCGUCAUGGUACGGAUCCAUAAACAUCAAUCUCAUCAGCGGGUCGACAUUACCGACUCUGUACUUUCACGAUGACGAGUCGCGCUCCUUCUCUAUGCCCCAGCCGUCCACACCAUCGACAAGCCGCGCUAAUCAGCCGCCUUCUUACCCACCGCCACCGCUGAGCUCGCCCCAGGCAUCUGCUGGGAGGCCAACGACAUCAUGGGGUGGCGAGGAUCUUCUCUCGCGUUUACGCACGUAUGCGCAUCUAUUGAGGUCGACGCUUGAUCCGACGCUCUACCUUGUCGACCCAUCGAAGGCGGACAUCGAGACGCACAGCACACAACUAUUCUCCGACGACGCUGUCGACGCCAUCCUUGCACGUUCUUCAUACUCCAACUCGUACUCUCCCGUACCCGCACACCGUCGCCCACGUCCUCUUUCCUCAACACCCGGAGCCUCCCCGAAUCCAUACUCACAGUAUUCAUCCAUUCUCCAUCGCUCGCUGCCACAACAUCAAAAUGGACAGCCACCGAGUCAAGCGCGGACCGCACUGCUGCAAAGCUUUGCGAAUAUCACCCGCGCUACGAAACACGCCGCGCAGCAUAUUCUCUCGCAUCCGUUGGCGCGACCUAUAGUGCCACACCUACCAGAUCCUGUCAAAUCGCUUGUCAACGCCUCCGGAGACCUCGACUGGGGUUCGUGGGUUGAAAAGGGUGGUGUUGGAGAGUUCGAGGCGGCUCGGGUCUAUCUUGCCCGCUGGGCCCGUAUCGUGGCCGAGGAAGGCGAGCGUGCGAGAAGGAGUGAGGCGCGGGCGUUACCUAGCGAGGGUACAAACGCGAAUGAGGAGACAUCGGAACUCGGCAUCUUCGAACUCCUACAUUCGACUGCCAAUCUCCCGACACCGAAGACGACGCGAGAUCCGAAACAUGCUAUUGAUCUGCAGACAUUCGAGGCUUGGUUCGAUGAGACCGGACGACCAAAGAUUACGCAUGACAAGCUGCGUGAGGAGAUCUUCAAGCAUGGCAUCAGUGACUAUGGUUCAACAAGGAGACGAAUAUGGCCAUACCUGCUUGGCGUGUAUGAGUGGGAUGUGACAGAGGACGAAAGAAAGACAAAGUGGGCGGAGAAAACGGAACUCUAUCAUAAUACCGAGGCGGAAUGGUUUGGGAAGCCUGAAGUCUUUGAUAGACCAGACAUUCUGGAGGAACGCCAUCGGAUUGACGUCGACUGCCGCCGUACCGACCGCAAUCAGCCGCUUUUUGCAUCGGUGAGCGCCAGCGUGUCCAAGACCUCCGACCCUGAGAAGCGCGAACACCGGCGACUAGCAUCCAUUGCGCCGAGUACGAACGAGAUCGGCGCUCAGUCUCCCAGCAAUGAGCACAUAGAUCGGCUCGGGAGCAUCCUUCUCACCUAUAACUUCUUCGAAAAGAAGCUAGGUUAUGUUCAGGGCAUGUCUGAUCUUUGCGCUCCCAUAUACGUUGUGAUGGGAUCGGACGAGCCCCUUACGUUCUGGUGCUUUGUCGAGGUCAUGAACCGAAUGAAGCAGAACUUCCUUCGGGAUCAAAGUGGCAUGCGUUCUCAGCUCUCCACUCUCCAGCAACUAAUUGAGAUGAUGGACCCGGAGCUCUACCGUCACCUUGAGAAAACUGAUGGCCUAAACUUGUUCUUCUGUUUCCGCUGGAUCCUCAUCGCGUUCAAGCGGGAAUUCCCAUUCGAGGAUGUCUUGCGACUAUGGGAAGUUCUAUGGACGGACCGCUACAGCGUUCAUUUCGUAUUGUUCGUCGCGCUUGCAGUACUCGAGUCUCACCGGGACGUCAUCCUAAGAUAUCUCGUCGAGUUUGAUGAGAUCCUGAAGUAUUGCAAUGAGCUCAGCAAUACCAUCGAACUCGACACGACACUGGCGCAGGCUGAAGUCCUUUUCCUCUCCUUCAAACAACUUGUCGAAGAUAUGGACAAUAAACGGAGCGAGAUAUCCGGCUCCGGAGACGGUCUGAGGUUGCGUCGCGCCACUGAUGGCGCCGAGCAGAGGGUCUCCAGCAUUCCUGAGCUCAGCUCAGAGCUCAGAGAGCUACUUGUCCGGGAGCGAGUGGCCCUAGAGAUUUCAUAG